CUCCAAGCUGGGCGCAUACAACGAUGAGCGGGCGGUGGUCUGUUUCUGACUCUUAGCACGGGUCAUUUCCAGCCAGCGGUACAGGCCAAACGCCAAGGCUUGACAUUAGGCUGCAAGGACCCUUUGCUUCAGAACACGACCAUGUGAAACCUUAACCAGCUGGCGGGGUUGCGUGUUCACGGACGGGGUUAGGCGACUCGCGUGGGGCGCAUGAAUUAAACGGCACGGUGAAGCAGGUCUCGACGUCCCCCCCCCCACCCCCCCACCCCAGAUCACCUCAAACGGACCCGUAGCGGAGUGACGGCGAGCGGUGGCAGCCGCGGCCGAUGCUCGGGGCGGACGCGGGCGGCUCGGGAAGACGGACGAGGUGGUACCCAGGCGUUCGUUACCGGGCUCUGACUCCGCGGCGCAGCGGCAUGGGCUGCGCUCCCAGCAUCCACGUCUCUCAGAGCGGGGUGAUCUACUGCCGAGACUCCGAGGAGUCCUCUUCCCGGCACCAGACCGCCGCCGCCGCCUCCCGGGGCGUCCGCGGGCUUUUCCUCAAGACGGACGCGUCCGACGCCGUCUCCUCCUCCGUCGUCACCCGUCAGUGUCGACAGUCACCGAACAACUCUCAUCCGGAUCCCCGAGGAAACGCCGGACACGUCUGCACCAAGGCCGAGACCCGAACCAGCCACGCCGGCGACACGAGGGGAGCGAAGACGAGCUCCAGACUGAAGAGCCAGCAGCUGAGUCACAAUCAGGCGUGGAAACUGGUUUCAACCAUAGAAGAAUGUGUAGGACCAAUGCGAGUGACCCAAGAGCCUAUUCAGGUCUUGCUGGUGUUUUCCAAAGAGGACAGCCAAAGUAAGGCCUUUUUCUGGGCCUGUGAUCGUGCAGGCUUCUGUUGCAAUAUCGCACAUACACCCGAGUCUGCUGUGGAGUGUUUCCUGGACAAGCAACAUGAGAUUGUGGUCAUUGACGGUCGCCACUCACAUUGCUUUGAGGCUCAGGCUGUCUGCCGGCUGAUGCGUGCCACAAAGCCUUCUGAAAACACAGUCAUUGUAGCCAUUGUGCCAGAAAAACCCCCCGAUCAGGAAGAGACAUCUGUUUUCCCACUUCUCUGUGCUGGAUUCAGCCGAAGGUACAUAGAGAAUAGCAAUAUGUUAGCCUGUUACAAUGAGCUCAUACAGAUUGGACAUGGAGAGGUUCGCUGCCAGUUCAAACUCAGGGCUUGCAACUCUGUCUUUACUGCCUUGGAGCACUGUCAAGAGGCCGUGGAGAUUACAAGUGAGGACCAUGUCAUACAGUAUGUGAACCCAGCGUUUGAGCGAAUGAUGGGUUACCACAAGGAGGACUUGAUAGGGAAGGAGCUGACUGAACUUCCCGAAAGUGACAAGAGCCGAGAUGACCUGCUAAACACCAUCAGUACAUACAUCAAACAAGGAAAGGAAUGGCAAGGCAUCUACUAUGCCAGGAAGAAGUCAGGAGAAGGCAUGCAGCAGCAUGUGAAGGUCACCCCUGUCAUUGGCCAGGGAGGGAAAAUUCGACAUCUUGUGGCGAUCAAGAGACCACACAGUGACAACAACAAGCAGGUGAGCAAACCUCCUCUCAUAACUAAUAAGCCCCUGCCACAUAAAGUGACAAGACUGCGUCAGAGUGGAUCUGUUUUUCCUUUAGAAACUUUUUGUCAGCGUCAGCAUGUACUAGAGUCUGUCCUGCCAUCUCGUCCAGCAGACGGCCGUUCGUUUGGCCACAGGGGCAGAAGAAACAAUUCGAUCGACGCCAGGUCUCUGAGCCUGCAUGGUAGCGGUGCCUCCAGUGUGGAGAACCGAAGAAACUCGUCUGUCGCGAGGAUUCACUCCAUGACCAUAGAGGCUCCAAUUACCAAGGUAAUCAGCAUCAUCAGUGCUGCCCAGGAGAACAGUCCAGUAUCAGUCGUAGAGGCUCUCGACCGGGUGCUGGAGAUCCUGAGGACCACUGAACUCUACUCCCCACAGCUUGCCUCUAAAGACGAUGAUCCACACACCAACGACCUGGUUGGAGGGCUCAUGACUGAUGGGUUGCGAAAACUCUCUGAGAACGAGUACAUCUUCUUCAAAAGUAUGUUUCAAAAACGCACAUAUAUGAGCCAGAGCCAGCUAUCUAUUCCAGUCACUCUGAAUGACGUUCCUGCACAUGUUGCUGAAAUGCUGGAUGAGGAGGACCGCUGGGAGUUCAACAUCCUGGAGCUGGAGGCCGCCACGCACAAGAGACCUCUGACAUAUCUGGGACUAAAGAUCUUCUCUGCCUUUGGGGUUUGUGAGUUCCUGAACUGUUCGGAGGCUGCACUGCGCUCCUGGCUGCAGCUCAUUGAGGCUAGUUACCAUGCCUCCAACUCCUACCACAACUCCACGCACGCUGCUGAUGUGCUGCACGCCACCGCUUACUUCCUGCGAAAAGACAGGGUCAAGAGCAGUCUGGACCAAAUGGAUGAGGUGGCAGCGUUGAUAGCAGCCACAGUGCAUGAUGUAGACCACCCUGGAAGGACCAACUCCUACCUGUGCAAUGCUGGCAGUGAACUGGCGAUCCUCUACAACGACACCGCAGUCCUGGAGAGUCACCAUGCAGCACUUGCCUUCCAGCUUACUGCCCGGGACAGCAAGAGCAACAUCUUUAAAAACAUUGACAGGACCCAGUUUCGAACACUGCGACAGGCGAUCAUCGACAUGGUGCUGGCCACAGAGAUGACGAGACACUUUGAGCACGUCAACAAGUUCGUCAACAGCAUCAACAAACCACUUGCUGCCAUAGAGGAAUCCAGCUCACAUACUGAGAACAGUGAUUAUGAAGGCAGGGCCAGCAUGAGGAACUCUCCAGAGAACCGGCUGCUCAUCAAAAGGAUGUUGAUCAAGUGUGCAGAUGUUGCAAACCCCUGCCGGCCACUUGAGCUGUGCAUUGAGUGGGCCGGGCGCAUCUCUGAGGAGUAUUUUGCACAGACAGACGAAGAGAAGAGACGAGAGCUUCCGGUGGUAAUGCCGGUGUUUGACAGGAAUACCUGUAGUGUGCCCAAGUCUCAGAUGUCCUUCAUAGACUAUUUUAUCACUGGCAUGUUUGACGCCUGGGAUGCCUUUGCUUGCCUGCCUAUCCUUAUGGAGCACUUGACGGAGAACUACACCUAUUGGAAGAGUUUAGACGAUAUGAAUUGUAAGAGCCUGCGUCCCCCGACCCCUCCGUGACACGGCCCUCCUCGCCUCCCCUU